AUGGGGUCUGCUAUAAAGCUUCUAUCGUCGAUUCUACGCCCAGUACUUCCUCGACAACGUCACUCCCCCUUCGCCUACCUCUACCACCCUCAACACCAGCCGCCUCCCGUCGUACAGCGCAACAUGGCCCCUCCAUCGAUGACCCCCUACGUUACCCCGCACAUCCUGCACAAACACUACGCACAGGCACACGACGAUCCUGAGAUGUCGAGCCUCAUCGGUCGUCAGAUCGACUACUUCUCGCAGGCGGGUUUCGACAUGGACAAGAUCACGCUCAAGCGUAAUGCGCCAGUCGCAUUGCUCUAUGAGGACGCGAUCCGCAACGAGGGUGCCAUCAUUUCCUCCUCCGGCGCACUCAUCAACUUCUCCGGCAAGAAGACCGGCCGCUCGCCCAAGGACAAGCGCAUUGUUUACGAGGAGACGAGCAAGGAUGAGAUCUGGUGGGGAUCUGUCAACAUCAAGAUGGAUGAGCACACUUUUGAGAUCAACCGCGAGCGUGCCAUUGACUACCUCAACACUCGCGAGAACGUCUACGUAUUCGAUGGCUUUGCAGGGUGGGAUCCCAAGUACCGCAUCAAGGUUCGCGUUAUUUGCGCCCGCGCCUACCACGCCCUCUUCAUGAACAACAUGCUCAUCCGACCGACGGAAGAAGAGCUUCAGAACUUCGGCGAGCCUGACUUCAUCAUCUACAAUGCCGGCCAGUUCCCCGCCAACCGCUUCACCAAGGGCAUGAGCUCGACGACCUCCGUUGAGAUCAACUUCAAGCGCAUGGAGAUGGUCAUUCUCGGCACCGAGUACGCCGGCGAGAUGAAGAAAGGUGUCUUCUCUGUGAUGCACUAUCUCCAGCCUGUGAAGUUCGGUCAGUUGUCCCUGCACUCGUCUGCAAACGUCGGGAAGGAGCAGGGUGAUGUCACGCUCUUCUUCGGUCUCUCCGGCACGGGCAAGACGACUCUGAGCGCGGAUCCCGCUCGCCUCCUCAUCGGCGACGACGAGCACGUCUGGUCCGACAACGGCGUCUUCAACAUCGAGGGCGGUUGUUACGCCAAGUGCGUAGGCCUCACGCGCGAGAAGGAGCCUGAAAUCUUCGACGCCAUCCGCUUCGGUAGCAUCCUCGAGAACGUCGUCUACAACCCCGUCUCGCGCGAACCCGACUACGAGGACAUCUCCAUCACCGAGAACACUCGUUGCGCGUACCCGAUCGAGUACAUCCCGAACGCGAAGAUUCCCUGCCUGGUUCAGAGCCAACCGAAGAAUAUCAUCAUGCUCACCUGCGACGCGUUCGGUGUCCUCCCACCGGUCGCGAAGCUAUCACCCGAGCAGGCCAGCUACCACUUCCUCGCCGGCUACACCUCAAAGACGCCCGGUACCGAGGAUGGCGUUCUCGAGCCUGUGCCGACGUUCUCGACAUGCUACUCUGCGCCCUUCAUCGUCUGCCCGCCCGGUCGCUAUGCGGAGAUGCUCGCGGACCGCAUGUCGCAGCACAACGUCGACUGCUGGCUCAUCAACACCGGUUGGACCGGCGGCAAGUUCGGCACUGGCAAGCGCUGCCCGCUCAAGGUGACGCGUGCGAUCGUCGAUGCCGUGCACUCUGGCGCGCUCGCUAAGGCGGAGUACGAGACGUUCCCCGUGUUCGGCCUUCAGAUCCCCACUGGUCUCGAGGGUGUCCCACGAGAACUGCUCAACCCUUCGCUCGCAUGGCCCGACAAGAGCGCGUUCGAGCGUGAGGUGCGCAAGCUCGCGGGCAUGUUCCAGAAGGCGUUUGCGCUCUACGAAAACGAUGUCGAGGAGAAGGUUCGCCUUGCUGGCCCGCAGCUGUAA